GUGAGUGAUGCAAACUUGCACUGACUUAUUCUUCGUCACUCGUGAAAUAUAUCGGUCAUAAGCUUGAUUAGGAACUGGCUCUUUAAUUGAUAGCGCUUUUUCGGUGUAGUUGUGUAUUCUUCAAUUUCUUUGACAGAAUGGCUCAAAGUAAUUUCCGAAAGUUGAGGCUUUUGCUGCAGAAAAAUUUAAUUUUGAGAAAACGACAAUACAUUGUCACCACGUUAGAGAUUAUUCUUCCAACUAUAUUUGCAAUUCUUAUGGCCUACAUGCGUGCACGAAUGAGAGAACUGCCACAAUCAGAUUUGUUUGAAAAGGACACGUACUUUGAAGCAUCAACAGAAGAGGAGCUUCUCACCUCGUCAUUUAAUUCAAUUUUUCGAUACUCGAGUGUCAACGUAACCACUCAAGUAGGAUAUUCGCCAAAUGAUCCCGUCGUGAAAGCAUUUCUUGAAGUGGAAUUAAUGAAUAAACUUGUAAAUUUGACUGACGGCGAGGUCCCAGUGAAUAUCGAAUGGCUGGGAUUUGAAAGUGAUCGUGAAAUUGAAACAUUCGUUGCGGAGCAAGGUUUUAGUUUUAAUCCAGAUAUUCCUAGAAUGAGAUUGGCAUUGGUUGUAAAUGGCUUACUUCAAAGUGGAAACGAAUAUCCAAAUAACCAUAAAAUUUCAUACAAAAUUCGAUUAGUCGAUGAGUUUUACGACACAUCGGAACUUUUCCCAUGGACGACGGCUGGACCAUCGGCAUGUGCAUUUGAAAAUCUUAAUUAUCGCUACUCUGGGUUUUCUGGACUCCAAAUUUUGAUUGAUAAACUGUUAACUACAAAGUUAACUAGUCAAGAAACGACACAUACAAUUUCGACUGGUUCAUUUCCUUGCCCUGGACAUAGCGACAGUUUCGAUUUCAAUCAAAUUUAUUUCAUUUUCCUACCACAAUUUUUAACUCUUGGAUUUAUAUUCAUUAUUCCAUCAAUCGUACGUGCGAUUGUGUCCGAGAAAGAAACUGGAAUUAAGGAACUAAUGAAAAUGACUGGAUUGCCGAGUUGGAUGCACGUAGUUGGAUGGAUGCUUAAUUCUAUGAUACUUCUUCUCAUCAGUGUUACAAUCGUAAUUAUCAUUUUCUUCAUUCCAUUCAACUCUGAAAGAGGAGCUGUAUUGAAGAACAGUGAUCCUUCGCUAUGGUGGUUUGUCUUGGUCAUUUACACCAUCUGGGCGACGACAUACUGUUUCCUCAUCUCGUCAGUAUUUCACAGGCCAACUCUUGCGACAACGGUUGGGGUAGUCAUUUGGCUAGGUUCCUAUUAUGGCGUUGCCGUUCCUUUAGAACCAGGUUACAGUGACCAAUCGCUCGUAGAAAAGUUGUUUCUGUGCCUAUCCCCCAACAUGGCUUUACAUUAUGCGCUAAAAAUCCUAUCUGGAUAUGAAGCGAAAAAAGAUGUUGGCGCACAGUGGAAAUAUAUUGCAAAACCUGUAAGCACUAUGGAUUCAUUGACACUGCUGCACAUAAUUGGCAUGUUUUUGGUCACAUCAGUGAUCUACACAUUGCUAGCCAUGUAUUUAGAAAGUGUGCUUCCAACGAAGUACGGUGUACGGAAACCGUGGUACUUUAUUUUCCUGCCAUCAACAUGGGGAUUAAACAAGAGAAACAGUAAUGACAUCAGCGACUUGUCAGCGUUGAGAGAAAAUUUGGGGAGUAGUUCUGAAGAUGCAAGCUUCGAAAAAGUGCCCACCGAUCUGAAAGUUGGAUUGGAGAUUUUACAACUACGCAAAGAAUUUGGGUCAAAGACUGUUGUCAACAAUGUUUCAGUCCAAGCAUACGAGGGUCAAAUAUUCUGUCUUUUGGGUCAUAACGGGGCAGGAAAAACGACUACGAUGUCAAUCUUGACGGGACUGUUGAGUCCAUCAGGAGGAACUGCUUUGAUUAACAACAAAGAUAUUCGCACGGAGAUGAACGAUAUUCGUCAGGAGCUCGGGUUAUGCCCUCAGCACAACUUAUUAUUUGGGAAAUUAAGUGUAAAGGAGCAUCUCAAAUUUUUUGGAAUGGUAAAAGGUCUAAACCGUUCUGAAGUGGAUAGUGAAAUUGAUGAUCUAAUUAGAAAACUGCAACUUGAAGACAAGUCAGAUACAUUGGCAAUGUCAUUAUCUGGAGGUCAAAAAAGGAGGCUUUCCUUGGGAUGUGCUAUAGUUGGCGGAUCCAAGGUGCUAAUACUGGACGAAUGCUCCAGUGGUUUAGAUCCUGAAGUUCGAAGGGUCAUUUGGGACCUGCUGCUCGAAAUUCGUACAAAACGAACAAUCAUCUUAACGACCCAUUUCUUAGAAGAGGCGGACGUGUUGGGAGAUCGGAUAGCAAUUAUGGCUUCGGGAAAGAUCAAAUGUUGUGGAAGUUCAAUGUUUUUGAAAAAACAUUUUGGCACAGGGUACAGUUUAACUGCAAGUUUGGCCCCCUUCUCUGAUUCCAACAGAGUUCUGCAAAUAAUCCAUGAGCAUAUUCCAUUAGCUUUUAUAAAGUCAGAAGUUUCCAAAAGUGAUGUCAUUGAAUUAGAAAUUGCGUUGAAUUCACAAGGGAACAGUUCAUCUCAAUUUCCUGCCAUGUUCAAUCAACUACUCGCACAAAAGUCUGGAUUGGGUUUGCUGGACGUGGGAAUGUCUUUAACCUCCAUGGAUGACGUAUUUUUAAAGGUUGAGGAGCUGGAACACACAUCAUCGGAUCACGAGGCUCAAUCUCACAUGUCGACUGAGUCACUUAUAAUAGAUGAUUAUGCGACCGGAUUUCUUCUCUGGGUUCAGCAGUUUUGGACCCUUCUUAUGAAAAAAAUGUUGUAUUCAAUGAGACGAUGGAAAUUGCUGGCCAUUCAGAUGAUACUUCCUGUUGCAAUGCUAAUUUCGGCUGUCCUAAUCACAAAUAUUGCGUAUAAUACGUACAAUAGAACUCCACCACUAACAAUAUCCCUUUCUUCGUACAAGGACCAGAUCGUACUGUAUCGAUCUUCGAGUAAUCCAGAGUCUCAGGAUCUUGGAGAGCAAUACAACCGUUUCGUCGGGUCGCCAGCCAGACAAAUUCCAUCUGACCGAAAUUUAUCGGUGGAACUGAUCGGCGUUGGUCAUGCAGAGGAAGAAACCUAUUUCCAAAGAUACAUUGUAGCCGCAGACUUGAACUCUGCCUCCGAUUUAAAUGUGAUGCACUCCUCAAUUGCCAGGCAUUCGUGUCCGCUGGCCGUUAAUUUGGCGUCAAAUGCGGUGCUUAGGCAGCUAGCUCCAGAAAAGAGCUAUACCUUGGAGGUCACAAACCACCCCCUGUCCUCAAGAGCACGCAGAAUGUUUGACGCUGCUAGCGAGAAUCCAGAAUUUACAGAGGUUGCCCCUUUCGUAGUUGGAAUUAUGGUCUCCAUCGGUCUGGCCUUGCUGGCGGCGAGCUUUAUUGUUAUGCCAAUUGAGGAGAGAAAAUGCAAAGGAAAGCAGUUGCAAUUAAUGACUGGCGUCAACCCAAUUAUUUACUGGGGGGCAGCAUUCUUAUGGGAUUUCUUUCUAACAGUUAUAUGCAUCUCCGCAAUGGUGGGAUGUCUCUUCAUUUUCCAGAAAUACGAAGGAUUCACAAAUAAUGGUGGAGCAGGGGUUGUAUUUCUCAUAAUGUUCGUGUACAGUGUUGGAGCGAUUAUAUUCUCACAGUUAAUGAGUCUCGUGGGGCAAACUCCUGCUGGGGGAUUUGCGAUGGUCACAAUUAUUCACAUAAUUACGGGAAUUGGUUGCGCACUUGGGAGUUUUAUUCUUGAAGAUGAGGAAUUUCUAAUUGAGUCGAAGACAAUCGGUUGGAUCGGACGCCUUUUCCCAACGUAUGGAGUUUCAAAGUCGUUAAUGCUUUUUUCCAAGUCAUCCACAAGAAACAGUCGCUGCAAUGUUUUGUCGGCUGAUCUGAAAAAUAUUUUGUGCAAGCCAGUAGAGUUUAUUGACAUUACAAGAUUUCAAUCAUGUUGUGACAAUUGCGAAGAACUUGGAGCCGUCUGCUUUGAACCUGACGAUUAUCUGAUUUGGGAAUAUGGUCCCGACAAUCUUCCAAAAAUUGGCCAAGAGCUGACUUACAUGUUCAUUAUGGGAUGCAUAUAUUUCGUGGUGCUGGUCCUCAUUGAGUUUGGGUGGAUGAAGCAGAUUCUCAAUAUUAUCUGGAAACAAGCGGAUAUCAAUUUUAUAAUGAACUCAAACGACGAGGAUGUUCAAGUCGAAACGGAUCGUGUAAAAGAUAUGAUUCUACGAGGAGCAACCAGCGAAGAUGCAAUCAUAGUUGACAACCUUUCGAAAAGUUAUGGGUCAUUCAGCGCAGUCUCAAAACUUACGUUUGGUGUUCAUCGAGGAGAGUGUUUUGGACUUUUGGGUGUAAACGGAGCUGGCAAAACAACUUCUUUUAAAAUGUUAACUGGGGAUGAAAUUAUUUCAAACGGGGACGCUUGGAUUAACUUUGAAGCGCUGCAAGGCAAUCGAAAAUCAUUCCUAAGUCGGAUCGGGUACUGUCCUCAGUUCGAUGGAAUCAUUGGUGUUUUAUCGGGAAAAGAAAUGCUGGAAAUUUUCGCCCGCCUACGAGGAAUAAAAAAUAAAGAUGUGAAAUUAGCAGCGGAAACAUGGUUGGAUCGAUUUGGACUCCUGCAAAGUGGAAACAUUCAAUGUCAAAAUUACUCUGGGGGCAUGAAGCGUCGUCUUUCUGCUGCGAUGGCCUUAAUCGGGGAUCCUCCUCUUAUCCUUCUGGAUGAGCCAACUACGGGCGUUGAUCCUGUUAGCAGACGAAAAUUUUGGAAAAUUAUUUCAUCCCUCAAAGACCAAGGAAGGUCCAUCAUCUUAACGUCGCAUAGCAUGGAGGAGUGCGAGCACCUGUGUGACCGUCUCGGGAUAAUGGUAAAUGGAGAGCUGCAAUGCAUUGGGAGAGUGCCCCAUCUGAAGAAUAAAUUUGCCCAAGGGUACACUUUGACCAUCAGGGCAAAAGCUGAUGCCCUAUCCACCCAAACUGAGGGAUACCUUACUGCCCUCGUCUACCAGGUCACCACCCAACUCCACCCCUGCAUUCUCAAGGACAAUCAUCAAAACGUGACACAAUUUCACAUUCAAUCCACUGAUAUGACGCUGGACAGGAUUUUUCACAUCAUGGAAGACAUUAAAUUCGGACAGUUUUCGAGUUUCAUCGAAGAAUACUCCGUCCAACAAACUACAUUAGAAGAAGUCUUCCUCUCAUUUGCUAAAAAACAGUAUAACAUGGAAAGAGUGGUCCAGACUUCAAAGUUUAGGAAGCUUGUAUCUUGUGUAUUUGGAUGACAAAAUUUUUGCAUUACCCAAAAUGUUUUAUAUGAAAUUUUGAAUAAAAAGACGUAAUAAGGAUUCCUUGUUAAUGAAUGGACAAAUUGA